AUUGUAUUAUAAAUAAUUAAACAACGCAGAUGUAGCCAAAAUUAACUAAAAUUCAAGUAAUGAAAAUGAGAUGUAAAAAUAACCCUCAUGAUUCCAUUUUAAAGUUUAAUCUGCUUUUCGCCAGUUAAGUAUCAUUGACCUGAAUAUAUAAAGGGCUAAAUAGGGACAAAACUUGAAAAUUAAUAAUGUCUAUAAAUAAACUCUGUACAACACAUAAGAACUAUGCAAAACUUUAUCAUUCCUCUAAAAAUAUAUUUCUCCUCUUUCUGCUCCUCUCAGAAAUCCCCUCAGAGUAAGCCCUCUCCCCAGUCUCUGGUCAUGGGUUUUUGCUCGGAGUGGGCCCUCCCCGCUCUGCAGGAUCGUCUCCUCAGAUCCGCCGCUCGGACCGCCGCCGCAGUUCGGCGGAGAAAAGCGGCUCAAUCCUCGGCCUGGAGCUGCUGGUCCGGCCGGAGGACCGACACCUUUGGACUCGCAGGGAUUGCUGCAGGAGCCGGCUGGUUCCGAGGGAACGGUUCGUGUGGGGCUCGGUUCUGGAUGGACUCUGUGGAAUCGGAGGAUCUGAGAGGAACCGACGAUCUGGACCCAAAGAUUCACUGAACAAACCGGACCGAGGUCCAGGACGGGAGACCUUCAACUGACAAGAGUCACUAAGCUGCUGUUGCUGCAGGCGCUCUCGAGUGCGGACCGACCCGGUUCCGACCCAAACCCGGUGUUCCCCUUCCAGCUGAGCGUCGUCUCCCUGGAAAUUGAGAUGCUCUGCGGCGACAGGAAGCUGCAGGCCAGCAGACAGGAAGGGGAAGGCCAGACCACCGCCGGCUGACGGAGCUUCUCCACCUGGCAGAUCUCUCUCUCUGACAACACAAGAUGUCCGCCGAUAACAGCCCGCCGCCCUCAUGCCCCGCCCAGAGCCAGGCUCCGCCCACACCGUCGCCCAGCCCGCCAGCCGCCGUCUGCGGCCGGCUCUCCGAUGGCAGCCAGACGGGCCCCAGCCGCACCAACUCCAGGGGCUCCCUGCAGGGCGUCUCCUUCCUGCUGCAGAUCGGACUCACCAGGGAGACGGUGACCCUUGACCCCGGAGACAUGUCGCUGCUGGCGGUCCGAGAGCUCGUCUGCUCCAUCGUGGAUCAGAAGUUCCCAGAAUGUGGAUUUUUCGGGAUGUACGAUAAAAUCCUGCUGUUCCGCCACGAUCCGACGUCCAGCAACAUCCUGCAGCGCCUGGCGACGGCCGACGAGAUCCAGGAGGGCGACCUGGUGGAGGCCGUGCUGUCAGCGCUCGCCACGCAGGAAGACUUCCAGAUUCGGCCGCACGCGCUCUACGUUCACUCCUACAAGGCGCCGGCGUUCUGCGACGACUGCGGCGAGAUGCUGUGGGGCCUGGUGAGGCAGGGCCUCAAGUGUGAAGGAUGCGGCCUGAACUACCACAAGCGCUGCGCCUUUAAGAUCCCCAACAACUGCAGCGGCAGGAAGAGACGGCUGUCCAACGUCUCUCUGCCGGGUCCAACCCUGUCUGUGGCCCGACCGCCUUCCACCGAGCUGACCCCGCUGGUCCUGGAGGAGCGCCCCCUGCUGGGAGCCGGGAAGCGUAAUUCCCUGCUGAGCGGCCGUCCCAUCUGGAUGGAGAAGAUGGUGCUGGGUCGGGUAAAAGUCCCCCACACCUUCUCCAUCCACACCUACACCCGGCCCACCAUCUGCCAGCACUGCAAGCGGCUGCUGAAGGGGCUCUUCAGACAGGGUCUGCAGUGCAAAGAUUGUAAGUUCAACUGCCACAAGCGAUGCGCUGCCAAAGUUCCUCGGGACUGUCUGGGGGAGGUGGACUUCAACGGAGAGCCGCUCAGCCCCAGUCUGGACCGCGAGGCCUCCAUGGAGGUGGAGGCCUGCGACCUGAACAGCGACGGAGGUCAGAGUUUGGACGAGCAGGACGAGCCGUCCACGCCCGAGGACAAAGUCUUCUUCAUGGACGGUUCCCUGGGAGACGCAGAGAAAGACGACGAAUCGGCCAGAGCCAUCAGCCCGUCGACCAGCAGCAACAUCCCCCUGAUGAGAGUGGUGCAGUCGGUGAAACACGCCAAGAGGAGGAGCUCUGCCGCCGUCAAGGAGGGCUGGAUGGUCCACUACAGCAGCCGGGACAACCUGGUGAGACGGCGCUGCUGCUGGGGACGGCCGGGUUCUGGGCUCAGAACCACGAGGUCCGGUUCUGAGCCCAGAACCCGACCAGACCCACUUCAAUCCCUCCUUCAACUCGUAAACCCCCAACGAGGGAAUCUCCUCCCUCUGACGUUUAGACAGGAAAUGGUGAUGAAGGUGAUGAAGACAAUGCUGUCCGUGUGUGUGUGUCUAUGUGUGUGUGUGUCCGUGUGUGUCCGUGUGGCCGUGGGGCGCAGCUGGGAGAAGGCCAUCAGGCAGGCGCUGAUGCCCGUCACCCCCAAGGCCAGCGGCGGCGCCGGGCCGAGCAAGGACCACAAGGAACUCUCCAUCAGCAUAUCCGUGUCCAACUCCCAGAUCCAGGAGAACGUGGACAUCAGCUCGGUGUACCAGAUCUUUGCCGAUGAGGUUCUUGGCUCAGGACAGUUUGGGAUCGUUUACGGAGGGAAACACAGGAAGACGGGCCGAGACGUGGCGAUCAAGAUCAUCGAUAAGAUGCGGUUCCCCACCAAGCAGGAGAGCCAGCUGAGGAACGAGGUGGCCAUCCUGCAGAACCUCCACCACCCUGGCAUCGUCAACCUGGACUGCAUGUUUGAGACACCUGAGCAGGUGUUUGUUGUCAUGGAGAAGCUCCAUGGAGACAUGCUGGAGAUGAUCUUAUCCAGCGACAAGAGCCGGCUGCCAGAGCGCCUCACCAAGUUCCUGGUGACGCAGAUCCUGGUGGCUCUCAGGCAUCUCCACUUCAAGAACAUCGUCCACUGUGACCUGAAGCCCGAGAACGUUCUGCUGGCCUCGGCCGAGCCGUUUCCUCAGGUGAAGCUCUGCGACUUCGGCUUCGCCCGGAUCAUCGGGGAGAAGUCGUUCCGGCGCUCGGUGGUCGGCACGCCGGCCUACCUGGCGCCGGAGGUUCUGCGCAGUAAAGGCUACAACCGGUCGCUGGACAUGUGGUCGGUGGGCGUGAUCGUCUACGUCAGCCUGAGCGGGACGUUCCCCUUCAACGAGGACGAGGACAUCAACGACCAGAUCCAGAACGCCGCCUUCAUGUACCCGCCGAACCCCUGGAAGGAGAUCUCAGACCAGGCCAAAGACCUGAUCAACAACCUGCUGCAGGUGAAGAUGAGGAAGCGUUUCAGUGUGGACAAGUCGCUGAGCCACCCCUGGCUGCAGGACUACCAGACGUGGUUGGACCUGCGGGAGUUCGAGACGCGGCGCGGCCAGCGCUACAUCACCCAUGAGAGCGACGACGCGCGCUGGGAGGAGCACGCUGACGAGCGCGGGCUGCACUACCCGACCCACUUCAUCAUGUCUCCCAACCUGGACGACAUGGACGAGGACCCUUAGAGGAAGCGGUUACCAUGACGACCUGCUGUCUCAAAGCUGCAGAGGCAACCCGGACACUGGUUGUGUUUCCCCAACCAGGUCCAGUGAUGGGCAUCAGGGCUUCUUCUCCUAUUCAACAGGCUGACAUAAAGGACUCAGCAGCGCCCCCUCAGGUUGCAGUAGGAAAAACAACAGAAUUUAAUUUAUAUUCAGUUUUAUUUUCAGAACCACUAAUGCCGUUCACAGCUUCAUCUAAUAAUCCAUAAUCAGAGGCUCCACUCUGCUGAUUAACUUCCUGGAUUAAUCCAGAAACACUUUCCUAAUCCCAGGAACUCACUUCCUGUUUCAGCAGCAGAAAAAACAUCAGUUCAGCUUCAGAUCUGAAAAUAAAAUCCGUCUUGACGUGUAAUCUGAACCGAGGUCGGAGAGCCAGGCGGAUCUCUGCUUCCUCUUCCUCACUGACUGACCUGAGAACUUUUCUACUUUUGUAGCACAAAACCAUUAAAACUGAACUGGGAACACUG